GUUCAUAAAUGAAAAAGGACGUUUUUUCAUUUUCUUCUCCGAAUAUCCUUGCAGUUACUGUAUGUUACAAGACUCAAAGAAUAUGCUUUGUAGGUGCACCUGUUCAGCAGCGCUCUUGGACCGCGUAUGGAACGAUUUGUGACUUUGCAGAACGAGUUAAAAUUUGCAGUCAGUUGGUAGAUUAGUAGACGGACGGAAGUGGUCGUGAGAGAUUCUGAAAGAACCGCUGGAUCACCAUCAUUUUGUUCCUGUUUCUAGUGCAUAUAAUUGUUAUUCGCACCGUUGUUUAAAAUCUGUCAUCUCUACGCCUAUUCUUUUCGGCACGACAUCACGAAUGCCGAAAUUCAACUUAGAUAUCAGAUGCCAGUUGGAAAAUGUGAAGGAGUUCGUUCCGGCUUCGAUCCAAACUUUUGAAUGGCGAAUAAAGUUCAGAUGUACCGGCUGCAACGAGGAACGCGAUACGUUUCGUGUUGUGACUAUCGGGGAAAAGUUUCCACAAAGCAACAGUCGCGGUGAAUCAAACCUGGUUGAAACAUGCAAUUUUUGCGGGAACAAGGGCACAGUCGACAUACUGGAAAAGGCGGCCUCAUUUCCAUACUGUGAAGGAGAUAGCGGACAGUUUAAGUCGGUUUGCACUUUGGACUGUCGCGGACUGGAACCCGUUAAUUUCGAUUUCGGGCAUGGAUAUUGCGUUUACGCUUCUCAUUCCAGUCAAAAAUUCUCGGAUGUUGACCUGUCAGAAAAGGAGUGGACUGACUAUGACGAAAUCGCUAAAGAGUCUAUAGGGAUUAUGGAAUUAGAGCACAAAUUCGUCCGGAAGUAGUGAAAUAUAUAUGCGGUGGAUAAAAAUGAUCGUUUAUAUGUGUGAUUGUUCAAAAUUUGUGUCGUUUCAGUUCUCAAAAUUUUUUUAGCAGUGUCUAAGGCUUAAUCUGUGAUUGACUGUGUAUUCUGGGGAAACCUCAAGGUUUAAGGGAAUUACUGUAUACCUAUGUUCCACCGGUUUACAACGUUUUUAUCCAUUAACUGUCGUGAACAGCGCUUUAUACUUAUAUCAUUCUAUGUGAACGCAUUAAACAAUUGAACCAUUCAUUUCUACCACAAGA